AUGACGGCGGAGAAGGCUGCAGAGGAGGCACGGGAGCCUGAGGCGCCAGGGGGCAGCGGCGGGGUUGCCGCAGCGGCCAUACGGGUCCCGCAUGUCAAGGCGAUCCACGAGCGCGGCCACUGGAACAACAAGGUGGAGUUCUUGCUGAGCAUGGCCGGGGAGAUCAUCGGGCUCGGCAACGUGUGGCGCUUCCCUUACCUGUGCUACAAGAACGGAGGAGGAGCAUUCCUGAUUCCCUAUGUGGUGUUUUUUAUUUUUUGUGGAAUUCCCGUGUUUUUCCUGGAAACGGCUCUGGGACAGUUCACGAAUGAAGGUGGCAUUACAUGUUGGAGAAAAAUUUGCCCUUUAUUUGAAGGCAUUGGCUAUGCAACACAGGUGAUUGCGGCCCAUCUGAAUGUAUAUUACAUUAUCAUCUUGGCAUGGGCCAUUUUCUACCUGUGCAACUGCUUCACCGCCGAGCUCCCCUGGGCCACCUGUGGGCAUGAGUGGAACACAGAGAAAUGUGUGGAGUUCCAGAAACUGAACAUGACCAACCACAGCCAUGUGUCCCUGCAGAAUGCCACCUCUCCUGUUGUGGAGUUUUGGGAGCGCCGGGUCCUGGCCAUCUCGGAUGGGAUUGAGCACAUUGGGAAUCUCCGCUGGGAGCUGGCCUUGUGUCUCCUGGCAGCCUGGACCAUCUGCUACUUCUGUAUCUGGAAGGGGACCAAGUCCACAGGAAAGGUUGUAUAUGUCACCGUGACAUUCCCCUACUUUAUGCUUCUGGUCCUCCUGAUCCGAGGGGUCAUGUUGCCUGGGGCCUCCGAAGGCAUCAAGUUCUACCUGCACCCUGACCUUUCCCGGCUCUCUGACCCACAGGUCUGGAUAGAUGCUGGAACGCAGAUCUUUUUCUCUUAUGCCAUCUGCCUGGGCUGUCUGACUACUCUGGGAAGUUAUAACAAUUACAACAACAAUUGCUACAGGGACUGCAUCAUGCUCUGUUGUCUGAACAGCGGAACCAGCUUCGUGGCCGGCUUUGCCAUCUUCUCUGUCCUGGGCUUCAUGGCAUGUGAGCAGGGGGUACCUAUUGCCGAAGUGGCAGAGUCAGGCCCUGGCCUGGCCUUUAUUGCCUACCCUAAGGCUGUCACCAUGAUGCCUCUCUCCCCACUAUGGGCCAUCUUGUUCUUCAUGAUGCUCAUCUUCCUCGGUCUGGACAGCCAGUUUGUGUGUGUAGAAAGCCUUGUGACCUCCAUGGUGGACAUGUACCCGAAGGUCUUCCGGAGGGGCUACCGGCGGGAGCUGUUCAUCCUGGCCCUGUCGGUCAUCUCCUAUUUUCUGGGCCUCGUGAUGUUAACGGAGGGUGGCAUGUACAUCUUCCAGCUCUUUGACUCCUAUGCCUCCAGCGGGAUGUGCCUCCUCUUUGUGGCCAACUUUGAGUGUGUCUGCAUCGGCUGGGUGUACGGAAGCAACCGCUUCUAUGAUAACAUCGAAGACAUGAUUGGCUACCGGCCGUUGUCACUCAUUAAAUGGUGCUGGAAGGUCGUGACCCCCGCGAUCUGUGUGAGUAUCUUCAUCUUCUUCCUGAUCAAGUACAAGCCCCUCCAGUAUAACAAUGUCUACACCUACCCCGCCUGGGGCUAUAGCAUAGGCUGGCUCAUGGCGCUGUCCUCCAUGCUCUGUAUCCCCAUCUGGAUCGUCAUCAAGCUGUGGAAGACAGAGGGGACGCUGCUCGAGAAAUUCCGGAAGUUGGUGAUCCCCAGUGCUGACCUGAAAAUGAGAGGCAAGCUUGGGCAGACGGUGAUGGUUAAUGACUGAGACGCCAAACUCAAGGGUGAUGGGACCAUUGCAGCCAUCACAGAGAAGGAGAGGCACUUCUGAGUGUCCACCUGCCACCUCGGAUGCCUCUGCUUCCGUCUCCUUCCCCAGGUGUAAAAGAGAAUAUCUGAAAACGUACUUCACCUAAUGAUAGAGGCUUGCUUGUUUUGCACAAGGACUUAUUAACAAGUUAACUUUAAGGUGGUUGUGUGUAUACUGUUUUAAAGUCACAUCCCCCUCCUCGCCCCCAAUUAUCAUGUAAGUAACGUGACAAAGAGUUAAUACUGUACAGGGACUAGGAGAAUCUUGUGCUAGGACAAUUUUAACCAGUGUUUUCUAG